UGCUUGCGGCUUGGCUGAAGUCCAGGUGUUGGGAGUGACGACGCCUUCUUGAUUUUCUGUUGUGGAACGCGAUUUUCUGUUGUCCAGGCAAGACGCGAGCGGCAGCCUUGCGAGGCGAUCGGAGAACAGGACGGUGCCCGAUGCCAAGCAAGGCACGGGGGUGCGAGAGGGAGAUCGCUCGGGUUAUUUCAGAGAGUAACGGACGGAGAAUGCGGAAGACGCCCAGCUCGCUUCGCCCCGAGCGGAGGGCCGAGCAGGCGAGGCUGCGCCAGCGGAGGAUUCGCAGCAAGACCCUGGAAGGCGGUGCCCAGUACGGCACUAGGAAGGCCGGGCUCCCGGGCUUCUGCGCUGAUUGCGUGGCUCUCUCAGAGGCGCGCCUGGGUCCUUAAUCUUUCUCUUGACACGCGAGGAGGAGUCUGAGUUUGGUCGUCAGAACCUGGAGCUUUUGCCUUGCAUGGCGCCUUUCAGCUCGUUUUUAAACCUAGCCCAUGAACUCAGUCGAGGAUCUCUUACUGUGACAUCGAAAUCCCAGAGUUGCUUUAAUUGCACCCUGUUUAAAUUAAUUGCUGGGGGUGCCGUGUGCAAUCAAGCACCUUGCACCCCUCAGCCUUCUUUCCAGCUUUGAUAGGACUCUGGUUUUGGCUCUCCUGGUGAUAUGACAAUAUUGGUCCCCUAGAAGUUAAAUACGUUGGGAAAGGCUUAAUAUCCAGAAGUUCUGCUUUUUAUUCAUUGAGGGGCAAUGAUCUGCAUGGUUAUUUGGGAGUUCCUCUUUUAGUGGGGGACGUUUUCAAAGCCAGCUUCAAAACUGUCUUGUUCCUCUGGAAUUGAGGGAUGUCCACGGCGGCCUUAAUCAGUCUGGUUCGGAGUAGAGGCCACCAGCUGCAGAGAACGCUGCUUACAUCUUGCACAAUUCUCAGCCCCAAGUGCCAAAUUUCCACCAACAGCUGCAGGGCUUCGCGUUUCGAUAUGGAUGGGAGCGGCUGCCCUGCCACCUGGGAUUCCUUUGGGAUUUGGGACAACCGCCUGGAUGAACCCAUCUUGCUCCCCCCCAGCAUCAAGUAUGGGAAGCUGAUUCCGAAGGUCAGCCUGUCGAACGUGGGUUGUGCCACCCACAUUGGGAAACGGAAGGAAAAUGAGGACCGUUUUGAUUACGCCCAGCUGACUGAGGAUGUCCUGUAUUUUGCCAUUUUUGAUGGGCACGGUGGGGUGGCAGCAGCUGAUUUCUGCAACAAGUACAUGCGGGAAUAUAUUCGAGAAUUUCUUUCUGAGGAACACAACAUGGAAUUAGUAUUGAUUAAAGCUUUUCUAGAAAUAGACAAAGCAUACAUGAGACAUGCCCACUUAUCUGCAGAUGCUACCUUGUUAAAUACUGGGAGCACAGCAACAGUGGCUUUGCUGCGAGAUGGCAUUGAGCUGGUGGUAGCCAGUGUGGGUGAUAGCCGUGCGCUGUUAUGCCGCAAAGGAAAAGUUGAGAAGCUGACCAUUGAUCAUACUCCAGAACGGAAGGAUGAGAAGGAAAGAAUCAGGAAAUGUGGUGGUUUCAUCUCCUGGAACAGUCUGGGGCAGCCCCAUGUGAAUGGCAGACUUGCAAUGACCCGUAGUAUUGGAGAUUUGGAUCUUAAGAAGUGUGGUGUGAUCGCAGAACCUGAAACAAAACGGGUGCAGUUACACCAUACAAGUGACAGCUUCUUGGUCCUGACCACAGAUGGCAUCAACUUUAUAGUAAACAGUCAAGAGAUCUGUGACUUUGUUAACCAGUGCCAUGAUCCAACCGAAGCAGCUCACAUCAUUACUGAGCAGGCUAUGCAGUAUGGGACAGAAGAUAACGGCACCGCUAUUGUAGUGCCAUUUGGAGCCUGGGGCAAAUACAAAAACUCUGAGAUCAACUUUUCCUUCAGCCGAAGCUUUGGUUCAAGUGGAAGAUGGGCAUGAGCAUCUUUCUCCACCAAGCUGCUAAACAUUUAAAGAUGUAGAUUGCAGAAAGGUGAUACAUAGGUAGAAAACCUCCAUCUUUUCUAGCAAUAGGCCCUUUCUGCUUGACUAGCAAACUGCUGUUAACUUGAUGUCACCUCUUAACAAAUGUCUUUGUUACUGCUUCUCUCAAACCAAGCAUUCUCACACCUUUGGUCCUUCUUCGUGGGCUUCUGCAGGGGCAAGAUGCUGAUAUUUUUUUGGCUGACUGUCAUUGUGAUGUCACCUGUUUCUCCUGAGGUUUUUGAGAUAUUUUAGAGAAACAAAGGAAUGUGGCGAAUGCAAGCAGACUGCACAGCUCUGCAGUUGGUGAACCAAAGGACAAGGAGAAGAAAAGUAGCAUUUUAUCUCCUGUGCUAUUCCAUCCUGUGUAAGGGAAAUUCAAAGACUACUAGAAAGUUGGAGAGCUAAAGGGUGGGUUUAAUUGCUAGUUCACUAUCACUGUCACAUUGGGGUUAGAAUAAUUCAACUCUGAAAAGGAGUUUCAGUCUCAAGACUGAUAAGCCUCAGGAUUGUGAGUCCAGAGACAGAGAUAACUGUGUAUUUCCUGUACUGAUGUCCCCUUUUUUUGAAAAGCAGAGAGAAAGUUGUACGCUUGGUUAAAUAUCUGCAUUUUGUUUAAUGUAUAACUCAAGAGACACAGUAUAGCUCUUGAGACAGUACUAACCAGGAUAUACUGUAUUAGUAUGCCUUCUAAAAAUAUCAAAUAAAUUCUGUUUUUUUUUUCUUUAAAGGGGCCAGUGCUAAAACCCCUCCUUUAAAAAAAAUAUUCCACAUUGGCUACUGUUAAAUUCCUUUUCUAAGUAUUAAUGUACAGCAUUAAUGCAAUUAAUUUUGAUGAUGAGAUUAUUUUGGUUUGUUUCAUAGUUUACAGGAAGAUGAGCUUGGUUUUCUAGGUUCUGGCUAUUGAAAGGACGUAGUCUAAAUCUGUUUAGAAUUGUCCCCAACUUUAAAGUAAAAAUUGGAGGGAAAUGGAAGUUUCAGAGAGGCCAGUAAUAUAUUUUCAAACAACUCUAUUCCUUCCCAUUUUAAAAUACAGUUAUGAAGGGAACAAAUCUGUGUGUUUCUAAGCAAGACUACAGUAAUUGAAGUAAAAGCAAGGUUAAUUUCAUGGCACAGGCAUCUCUCAGUCCCUCUGGGGAACCUUCCCCAUCUUUCUGCCCUUCAGAUGCUUUGGGGGCUGAUAACACCCAUCUGAUUAAGAAUUUCAGGAGUUUUAGUAUCCAUCUGAGAAUAUCAGGUGGAAAAGAAAGCAGAACUAUUGGUGUUAAAAUCUAUAUUUCUACAUUGGAAAUUGUCUGACUCAGCAGUGAGAUCUCACGACAGUGCCGAAAUAUCAUGCAUUCUUGCUGAGCAAGAAAACCGCAGCCUCAUGAGAUUGGAUGAUCUCAGAAGCUUCCAGCCUUUGGGGUGGGAAAAACCCACUGAAUCUUGAAAACAGCCCUAAUUUAGACCAGUGCCAUCUAAAUAUGUUGUGGAUACUGAAUUCCCAGUCCCUAUUAACAGGUCUGUACCCACAAGGUGUGAGAAAGCAGUAAGCCUUCUGAGUCAUAGAUAUCUUUGAGAGAGCAAAUGAGGAAAACCUUUGUCAUGACCUCAUUGGACAAAUGUGAUCGGCAUCAAUCCAAACAGUGACAGAUUACAUAACGUUGUAGGAUGGUGUCAUGAUGUACUUCAUAAUGUUAUUGUGACUCCUGCCAGAUGCCUAUGGCUCCAAUAUAAACAUUGGGAGUGUUUCCUCGUAUUGAAAAGGAAAGAAUAUUAAAUAGAAAUGUAACACUUGCCUUCCCCUGCGUAGUUACUUUGCAUCUGGGAAUAAUAGUGCUGAGCCAUUUAGUUGAACCCUGGUCACAAUGUGAACGAUGGACUUACACAACUGGACAUCUAAGCCCGUAGCACCAAAAACCACUUUGGGUGUCAACCAUUCCGAUGCUGCCUCUGUACAUCCUUCUGCUUCUGACUGAUCCUUUGAACUUGUGAAAGACUUUGCAGACAGUGCCCUGGUAUUCUUCUGUUUUUGUCUGCUGUAAAUUUUUAUUCGUUUGUAUUCUAUACACACAGAUUCUAUAACACAAUUAUAUAGACUUUAAAAGUUAUGUUUAGAAAUUGUAUACUCUUUUAUCGGUUACUGUCAUUUUAAGACAAAGUAGUAUAUAUUGAUGUUAAAAACAUUUUGUUCUUCCUGAGUUAUUUUUUUUUAAGGGCGUUUUGUUUUUGUUCUUGUUUGCUACAACAAAAACACCAGCUCUCCCAUGGGCUAAAACAGGCAUGCAGUCAGAAUUAUCACCAUUAUAUAAUAUAAAUAUAUGAUGCAAAUAAAAUAUACUUCCAGGUAAAGGAGCAGUUUUGGCCAUGACUCAGCUUCUUUCUCUAUUAAUAGCAGCAGCUCAUAAAAGAAAAGGAAGCUGAUAAUUACUGAAGGCAGAGAAAGCAAAUACUGUAUAUUUUUUCCCCUUCAUUAUAGCCCUACCCCCAGAGAGUAAAUGCCAUUUCAGAAAAAUGGAUUUUUCCACUAGAGCACAAUAGAAAGGAGUUUAAAUUCUUUCCCCAUUCCUGCUCUAAUCUUGCUAAUUAUCCAUUCCAUCAGCUGACAUUGCAUAUUUUUAAAGUUAUGGCAAUAAACACAAGGCGAUGCAAAUUAUCUCCUUUGGUGCUCAUAAAACUAGAAAUAAAGGGAAUCUUGAUCAGGAAAUUCAUACAUCUGAUCUUAAUAUAUAUAUUUAUUUAAAGGCACAAUAUAUUAAAAGGAGAUGUGUAUGGGUCAGUGUAAUGUAUAGCUCAAAUCUGAAAUUGUCUGGUAAGAAAGAAAAUUGUAAAACUUUCAAAGAAAUUAUCUUAGGUUGUGGUUGAAAGCAUCAAGGCACCAAGCCAAUUGUAGUAUGUCAAGAAAUCCAGGCUUGGAAGACGCAAUUGUUUGCUUCCUGCUGUGGAUUGCAAAAGAGGUUUAUCAAACAUCUGAGUUAUAGGAAAAGUUUCUCCCUUCCACCUUAGAAUUCUACCAGUUGAAGAAGACUCAACAAGACAGUUAUUAUCCUGCGGCUCUUAUUGAUCUGGUGAUUGUUGAGCGCACAUGGAAUUGAACUCAGUUGCCAUUUCCUUUGUAACAAGGAGAAACUGGAGGGUUGUAUAGAUAGAACUACCAAUUGUUUGGAGGGUUUAUCUGCCUGGCUGGGGUAAUUACCUGUGUAGUCAGUGUGCUAUCACCGGUUCAUUCAAGGUGUGUUUUGUACCAGAGGGCCUGGUGAAAGUCACAAUAAUGUUUAUAUUCUUCAGUUCCAGCAUAUUUAAGCAUACAUUUAGGAAAGGGAAUAAGCAAACCAACCUGGAUUUAGGAAAACAAGUUUAGAUGUGUUUUAACACACAGUUUAUUGAUCCCAAACAAUGGGUAGCUUUCUCACCAUAUUGAAUGUACUGUAGGGAAAGUUUUUUGAGGUUAUUAAGCUGCAGUGCCUCCUGCACAAGAGGAGGCAAAUAAUGGUUAGAAAAUGAUGACUGUUCCUGAAUGCAUAGAAAGGUUUGGCAACCUGGCACAUCAAAAUUACUUUUAAAAACUCGAAAGUGCGCUUGCGUGCAUUUCUGUUUUAGGAAGCAUGUGAAAAUGUACACUAGGUAAUUGAGAUUUCUGGGAGAGGCAUUUAAAUUUAUGGUAUCAGAUAUGAAUCGGUUACAGCUGCUGUAUUUCUGUAGGACGUGAGAUGAGAAAUGAUGAUUGUGGUAAAAGUCGCACACACAGAUGUUUAUGAGAAUAUACUUAGUUCUUAGACUUAUUUAUUCUUUUGUUGGUACCAUAUGCUACCUUUCUGCUUUAUUUCUAACGAAGCAAAAUUGCAAUGAAUGUUUUUGUAUGCGUCACCCCUGAAAGCAGUUCUCAGGCCUUGCAAAAGAUAUGGCUGCUUUAAUGAUACAGAACAAAGUCCUUGGUUCAUGCCCUCUUGCAUGACACCGUAUCUCUUGAUUGCUUUUCAUCACCAUUUAUUGUUUGGAUUGAAGGCAAGACUGUGUCCAAAAUAUCAGGUAUUAAUUGUGAUAAAAUAUGUACAUAUUUUGAGCAAGUGUAAAGAUGACUGGCUUGUUAUUUCAUUUUCAGUGGUUUAUUUUACAACUGUAUAUUUAUCAUGGAGCAGAAUAAAGAACUUGCUCCCGAGUA